CUAUCUUAAAAUGACCCCACAACACAAACAGACCCCACUAUCUUGUCCUGCUCUCUCCCUAUCCUUACAUCAGAGCUGGACAAAAGUUCAACCGCAUUUUUCGGGAGAUCGGAUUUUCUGCAUUUGAAAGAACUUAAGAUGGAGCUUGAUGGUGGGGAUGACAAGGCAAUCAUCUCUCGCAUCCUUGCUGCUUCUUUCAUCGGAGCCAUCUCGGCUGCCGCAGCUAAUCAUUACCGCCGCCGAUACGAGUUCGAAUCAGAAAAAGAUCAAUAUAUCAUUCCACGUCUAGACAGAACAGAAUCCGGCCGUCUUGGAAACCUUGAAAGAUUUUCGCAUUACGUUGUGAGACAAAUAGGAUUAGCAGAUGCAGAUGAAUGCCCUCAGCUAUGCAAAUUAGCUUACGAUUAUUUAAACAAAACAAAAGGGUGUGAAGAGAGCAUCUAUGAAUUUUUCUCUAAUGAACCAGGGGGUGAAUCUCUUUGUGUGAAGCUGAUUGAAGAGCUUGACAGAUGCAUUCUUAGUUAUUUUGCAUUUCAUUGGAGCCACGCUUCUGAUAUGAUCAGUCAGCUUCUGAACGUUGAAUCUGAUCAGAAGAAAACAAAGCUGAAGAACUUGUUCAUGGAAGCAACUAGGGAACGGAGAUUUGAGAAGGUGACUAAAGAUUUGAAGGUGACAAGGGUUUUCUCAACGUUGGUACGAGAGAUGAAGGCGAUUCGAGGCGACGGCGAAUCCAAUUGCACGGAGGUCAUGGCUCCGGUUGCUCUCAGUGAGAGAAGUCCAGUGCUGCUAUUUAUGGGUGGUGGCAUGGGAGCCGGCAAGAGCACUGUCCUCAAAGAUAUUAUGAAAGAGCCAUUCUGGUCAGUAGCAGCAACAAACGCAGUGGUGGUAGAGGCAGAUGCGUUCAAAGAGACGGAUGUUAUUUACAGAGCCCUUAGUUCUACAGGGCAUCACGCUGACAUGCUUCAAACUGCUGAACUGGUGCACCAAUCCUCCACGGAUGCAGCUUCUUCCCUUUUAGUGACAGCACUUAAUGAAGGGAGAGAUGUGAUUAUGGAUGGCACACUGUCAUGGGAGCCUUUUGUUGAGCAGACCAUCGCCAUGGCAAGGAACGUUCACAAGCAUAAAUAUCGAAUGGGUGUGGGAUACAAAGUAAAUGACGAUGGCAGCAUUACUGAAAAUUACUGGGAACAACUUAAAGAAGAUGAAGUCCAGGAAAAUUGUGUUGCUUCCAGGAAACCAUACAGAAUAGAGUUGGUGGGAGUCGUCUGUGAUGCUUACCUGGCUGUUGUUAGAGGCAUCAGGAGAGCGAUAAUGGUAAGAAGAGCUGUGAGGGUGAAUUCACAGUUAAAGUCUCACAAGAGGUUUGCAAGUGCGUUUCCAAGAUAUGUCAAGCUUGUUGACCAUGCCAAACUUUACUGCACAAAUGCCAUAGGCAGCCCACCAAAGCUCAUAGCAUGGAAAGAUGGAGACAGCGAUCUUCUAGUUGAUCCUAAUCGUAUCAAAGCUUUGACAACAGUGAGCAACAUGAAUGACAAAGCAGAGUCCGUAUAUGAACUCUAUGCAGAUCCGAACCCCAUUUUUGAAUCCGGUUCUAUUUGGAAAGACGUUGUUUUGUCACCUUCAAGAGCCAGCAUUCAAAUGGAGUUAAGAAAUUCGAUCCAGAAAAUCGAAAAAUAUUAAGUGUGUUUCACUCUGUUGGGAAUUUUUAUUUUGGAUGGUUCAGAUUAGUUCAAGCUUUUCUUCUGUAAAAGUCUUAAAUUUCAAACAAGAUAUUCAAAUUACGGUAAAUUCAAUCCAA